AUGGUUAUGGUAAAAACAUUUUGUGUCACAAACGCAACGCUUUCAACUGUUAUUAAAAAAUAAACUACUGAACAGAAAGAUAUUGAUGAAUCUCCAGUGAAUAUUGUUCCGGAACCACAAACAUUAAUUAAUAAUCAAGAACAAAUCAAUGAUCCAAUUCAAACAAUUCUUGAAGAACAUAAAAGAACUGUUGGUUUUUAUCGUAUGAUACAAAAUCGUCGUAUACUUAUACCAAAAAAAAUUUCUAUGAGUAAUACUUUUUGUGAUCAUUCACAUAUGAUUAUUAAUCAAGAUUCAUUACAAUUAUCAUCACGUAUACAAAAUACAAUGAAUUUAUCGAAUUUAAAUCAUAAUCAAAAUCAAUUAAAUGAAGUUGAAUUUAUACAAUUACUUUCAUCACUUAUUGUACGUGCUUUACAAGUACAUAGACAACAUGAAAAAAUUAUUCCAGGUUCAUCGACAGGAAAUUUUGCAAAUGCGUUAAGUAUUUCACCAAUGCAAAUACAUACAUCAUCAAAUACAUAUCAAUUACAUGUAAAUUCUCCAACAAAAUUACCACAUAUUAUACAUCAACGACCAACAUCAAGACAAUUUGCUCAUAUUCAAUCGACUGCACAAAGAAAAGCUGCAAAAGAAGGUAUCAAUAUUCAGAAAGCUCAAAGUAUAGAAGGUGCAUUAUCAAAUCUUAUGAAAACUAAUCGAGAACAAAAAAAAUCAAAAUUAAUAUCCUCAACACCAUUAAAUCUUUCAAGUUUGAAACAGAUGGAUGUAACUCAUGCUUGGCUUCUUGUUCAAUUAUUAAAAUCUCAAGGAACACUUAAUUCAGAAAAUUAUCUUCAAAAAAUUAUUCAGUCUUAUCCAAAAUUUAUUCCAUUACUUCAUACAAGAAUACCACAAAAUCUUGUUCCUGUUAUUUGGAAUGAUCCAAUUGUUAAACAAAUUGCAUCAAUAUUUAAUAAUAAUAAACAAGAUGAAUCAACUGUUGAAAGUUCUUCGACUAAACAAACUGAUACAAAACAAUCAAUACCAAACAUAGAUGAUGAGUAUGAAGUAAAUGAUUAUAAUUAUACAACAGUCAUAUCUCGUGAUAAUCAUAGCAAGAGAUUUUUACCACCUAUUCGUGGUUCAAAAAUCCAUCUUCCACAUCAUGUUCUUAAAUUUGGUUUUCGAGAAAUCGAAAUGAAUCCAUCCGAAUCACCAAAUAAUAUGUUACAUGAAGAAAAUCAAUCAAAAUCACGUAAACGUCGAAUUUGUAUGCAUCUUAUGAUGUCGGCUAACGAAAAUGUGUCUAAUCGGCAUGAAUCUGUCAAAAGUCAAUUACGACAUAUGGUUAAAACUGAUUACCAAACGACUUCAUUUAUGCCUAUUGUAUCACGACCUCCUAUGUGUCAUUAA